AUGGAGUCAGUUACUGAUACUUGCUUUAUCUUCAACGAGUUGUUGGUCGCCAAUGCUAGUCAUCCGCCCGAUUCUAUCAAGACGCGAGCAACAGAACUCAGAUUUAUACAACGGCAGCAUUUGCAUACACUAUCCCAACGUGACAACCAAUCAGACCUGUUGGCUAAGAUCGCUUCUCCCAAAACUAUGAGGAAGACAAAGUUGCGAAGGUUUACGGGGCAAACGAUUCCUUCCACCAUCAGUAGAAGCGAGUUUGAGGCCGGCAUUCUUGCUCACUGCUAUCAUCAGCCAAAGGGUUGUCUGAAAGAAACAAAGUUCGGUCUAGAGAAGGCCGUGACUUUGUAUAAAAUCGUUCUCAGAACCUUUGGCGUUAUCGAACACUCUACAAACACCUCAAAUCCGUCGUGCUGUGGCCCGAAGAAAUAUUGGAGACUUGACAAGAAGGAUGGUGCGGCAUGUGGAAAUUUCGUUAAGGACGAGAAGGGUCUCGUCAUCGAGAAGACGCCCGAGCUCACGGAGCUGAACAUCCACAACAGUUGGGCGGCCGAGAUUGUUGGAGGGGAAUAA